AUGGGCAUUCUUUUUUCAGAACAACCACAAGAAGAGUUCUCUGUAUUUGAAAUCCCACCCUUAGAGAAGCAUUUUGAGACCUCAGAAGACACCUAUAAAUACUGCUCUCAACUAGAUGCGUAUAAAUUAGAUGUUACUGAAUUCGGACUCAGUCACAACACAUAUACAGAAGAAGCUAUGGAAAGCUUGGCAGAGACAAUUCAAGAAUGCCCAAAUAUAAACACAGCCAACUUAAGCCAUAUCUUUGCUGAAUGAGAUGAAAUGAGCUCUCCAAGGAUUUUGGAUAUUUUAGCCAAGACCCUUUUAGGCUUCAGAGAAUUAAGAGAACUUGACUUGUCGAAUAAUUUUUUGGUUCAGCAGUCCAUGGACACAAUUGGAUUUUUACUAGAAAACACACCAACACUUAAAACUUUGAAAUUGGAUUUCAACCCUCUGGGUACUGAAGGAUCCUUGGCAUUAUCUGAAGCAUUAAAAAACGCAAAAGAACUCAAAUUGCAUGCUUUAUCAAUGGAAAAAUGUAGUAUAGGUGAUAAAGGAGCAGUAGCUAUUAGCAAUGCAUUUGAAGACAUGAGGAGCCUAACUCCCUUUAAGGGAGAAAGUUUUUUUUUUUAAAAUUUGUAUUAAAUUAAUAAUUUAAUUUUUUUUUUCAGAUUCUAAAAAUUGAUUUUGCAAAUAUUUGAAGAGAAAUCUAUUAAUAAUGCUAUAGCUAUAUAAAUUUUCAUAGAAUAACCUGUCAUCUCAUUAUUAUAAAAUCGUGGAUCAUAUAACAUAAUAAAAGGCUGCUAAUUCCUGAAAAGCAGACUUUGGCUAGUGCCAUUUCACUUGAGCAUUCUUUUACAGCGAUUUCUCUACCAUUUGGUCGAAUAAUAAAGAAAAAGUCUCUCGAUAAAAAAUUUUGACCAAAUGGCUCCCAAGAAAUGUAUGCCCAGCAAAAAUCUAGACAAAAGACAUGCUACGUGAUUCUACCUACCUCACUUUAAAAGGGAGUAAGAGAAAUAAACUUUUCGUGAAAUGAUAUUAAGAAGCAAGGAAUUGUUUCUUUAUGCAGAGGGUUAGCUUUUAAUGAAAAAAUCCAGAUUUUGAAAUUGGAAGGAAACUACAUCAAUGAAUCCUGUGCUUAUUCAGCAUUGGCAAAAGUUUCUCGAGGUCUAAAAUAUUUAAGCAUUUUGGCCUGCGGAGAUGCAUGCUUGGGGAACUCAGGAAUAAAAGGAAUUUUAAGCUCCCUGGGAUCCUCGGAUCACUUGCUUGAAUUGCAUAUAGAAUAUAAUGAUGUAGAUCAAAAUGAUAUUGGAGAAGAAGUAAUUGCUUUAAUAUUAAAGCACAAAGCACUAGAAGUAAUAGAUAUUUAGAUUAUUGAUAUUUCAGGAUAUGAUUUCAGUAUCGAAACUAUUGAAAGAAUCAAAGAAGCAGCUAAUAGAAAUGAUCGCGAUUUAAAAAUUAUUUACGAAGAUAAAGAUAAUUGCUCAACUAGCGACUUUCCUCCAUUGGACAAUAAUGACAGCGUUGUUGGCGGAAUUUAUUUAGAUGAAAUCACAUAA